UACUUUGGUCAAGUUCCUCUGCUAAAUCGAGAAAUGCACUUCGUGUUUCAUACUUGUGUUUCGGUAGAUGGGUGGAUUGGGGUAGUUAUCAGGAAGCCAAAAAUACGUGUAAUAUGUAUUUAGUAGACGGAGAAACUGAAAAACAU